GGAAGCGGUAGACUGCCAGCGGCAGCAGCCGGAAGAACGGAGCGCUCUUGGUGCCCCAGUGAACGAAGCUUACGGAGACGUUGGGAGCCUCACGGAUGAAGAAGAGGAGCAGCUCGUGCGCGGCCGCGGUCGCCAUGGCAGCCGUGUUCGUGCUCGUAGUGGCGCUGUACGGCACCUGGGACUCGCGGCUGUCGGAUCGUCCGGACCUGAAGUCGGACUACCGCCUGCUGGGGCGGCCGCUCUACAAGCUGGACAUCUCCUGGCCCAAAUACACAGAGCACUUUACGGGCCAGGUGUUUGGUGUCGCUGUGAACCACCUGGCUGGAGUGGUGUACAUAGCACAGAGAGGAGACAACGUGCCCAAAGUACUGGUGUUUUCCACGGAUGGCGACUUCCUGCAGGCCUGGAACACCAGCACCCUGGAGAUGCCUCAUGGGAUUUUCCUGGCCAACGCCUCCACAAGCCCCACAGUGUGGAUCACUGAUGUGGGCAACGGGCCAUACGGACACACCAUCAAGCAGUACUCCCCCUCCGGCAAGCUGCUCCAGGUGCUAGGCACUGCUGGGAAGGCCGGCUCCAGCUUAAACCCCCUGCAGUUUGACCAGCCGGCUGAGAUCUUCGUCCACAGCUCCGGGGACAUCUACAUCGUGGAUGGUGAUGGCGGCCUCAACAACCGACUGAUAAAGCUUUCCAAAGACUUGCAGGUUCAGUGGAUGCACGGAGAGAAGGGCUCCGGUCUUGCGCAGUUCUACAUCCCCCACAGCGUGGCCGUGGAUUCCUUCCAGAGGGUGUGGGUGGCUGACCGCGGCAACAAACGGAUCCAGGUGUUCAACUCGAUGACGGGUGACUGGCUGGGGUCAUGGGGCAGCUGCUUCACGGAAGAUGCCCCUUACUCUGUAAGGCAAACACCUGAUCAGAAGUAUUUUGUGGUGGUGCAGCUAAACACCAAUCAGAUCUCCCUGCUGGAGGCCCCACCUGUAGGUGUAAUUGGUCAGUGCCGAGUGGCCAGUGUCAUUCAGUUGGCCGAGGAUAUCAAGCCCCACCUUGUGGACCUGGAUCUAAAAACAGGGGCCCUGUAUGUGGCAGAGAUUGGCGCCCAGCAGGCGCAGAAGUUCACGCCCUUCACGCUGGGCGGUGGUUUCCUGUGAGGUAUGGUGAGGGUGGGGCAUCGGAGAGAUACAGUAUUGAUCCUUUUUCUACAGGUCGUCAUUCCUGUGUUGUUCAUCCAAAAGGACACCUGUCUUGCUCUGCUGUAGUGUCUAACCGGUCUUACCUGCCUGUCAUUUCUUGCUGUGGUUUCCGACUCAAAUGUCCAUAUUCCACCCGACCACUCAAGUGGACAAAAUGUAAAACGUAUUAAAAGAAUGUAUAUCAAAUACAGAAAAGGAAACUUCAGUGCCUGUGCCCAACUGAAAUACUGUGAAGGAAGCGUUGUGUAUAUUUACACUGUUCUGAAAAGUCAAUGAAAAUCAGGUGGCUAUAACAUAAAAAAAGCUGUUUUACUUAGGAAUAAUUAUUAUGAUACAUUUUUUGGCAUGUUUUAUAAACUGGAUAUUUAGUGCAAUUGUUGCAAGAUUUGCAUAUACUUACAAUGCC